UGUUGAAUUCAUUUACAAUGUUGAUUUCAAGGUUAUUAAAACAAGUCAAUAAAAAAUUGUUUAAUGUUCAAAAGAAAACAACCAGAGGUGUACAAUCCGCCAGAGAUGUAAUCCUUAGUGGUGGAAUCAUCAUUAUUAGCGGAGUUUUCAUCGUUUGGUUAUCUGUAUUUCUUUAUACAGCAUUUUAUUAUGCUUACAUGCCGAGUAUGUCAUACAUACGGCCCGUACACCUGCAAUUCAAAUCAUGCAACGAACAAAGAGGAAUAUGCAGCUUUCCUUCGGCACAUGUACAAUUAACAAACAAACAACAGCUUCUAAUGGUUGGACAACCAUACAAAGUCAAUUUGCAUUUGGAAAUGCCAGAAUCUCCAGCUAAUAGGGAACUUGGUAUGUUUAUGGUUUGUGCGCAACUACAUAGCAGAGAUGGUUUCCUGGUGGAACAUGCAUGUAGAUCAGCUAUGCUACAUUAUCGUAGUACAUUACUACAUGCACUUACAACGCUUACAUUUUCACCUAUGAUGAUUUUUGGUUCUACCGAAGAAAAACAAAAUGUUGUUCUUGAAUUAUUUGGUAACUUUGAAGAGGAUCAGAGUCAUCCAGUUACAAUUAUUCAUAUUGAGAUACAAUCCAGGCACAUUGAAUUCUAUUCUGCAACCAUUAUGAUAAAUGCACAUUUGUCUGGUUUGCGUUAUUUAAUGUAUCACUGGCCAAUUUUAUCUGCUGUUGUUGGUAUCGGCACAAAUUUGUUUUUCAUAGCACUUGUGUGCACCCUUUCUUACCUUCACUUCACUACGUAUGAAGAUACGGAUGAUGAUGAUUUUAAUUAUGAAGAAUCUAAAAAACUGGGAGAAACACAAGAAUACAAAAAGAAAUUUAAUACAGAAGAGGAAGAAAAGCAAAAAGCUACUCAGGAUCAAUCAUCUGAGUCGUCUUCGGACGACAUAUUUCCAUUGCCAGAUUUUGUUGAGACUGAAAAGGAAUCUCGUAUUGAAUACAUAUUGAAUUAAUUUCAUUCUGCAAUGAACUUUACUCUGCAUUCCAUGAAGUGGAACACCUUGGAAAUAAAUCAUAUAAUGCAAUGAAUAUACUCUUUAGCUUUAAGUGGUAAAUACAUAUUAAAAAAAUAUUUAUUUUUCUAUGUUUGCAUACUUUAGUAACUUUUUUGUUGUGAUACAAAUAUAUAUAAAAUGCAAUAAAUAAAAUUGGAUCUAAA